AUGAAUCGGUCAUACCUUUCUUCUACAGAUGGGGCAGGAGACGGCAUUGACAAUCCAAGGGGCGAGUCGUCCUUCUUCCAAAUCACUGACUCUAUACAGAAUUACCAUCGUGAGCAAGCGACAGGUGCUCGCCUGCUCGCCUGGAUUCUUGACCCCCAGCUGGCGUGCCCAAUCUCCAUCUCAGCAUACUCCUGGGGUCAUAUCCAGAAUACCGAAUGGGAUAUGAACGAGCAGCCAGAUGAGCUUCCCUCGGUCUAUUCGGGGUCGAACUUCCUUCCUGUCGACUUACCUGGCAUGCAAAGGUCCAGAACCGCAGCGAACCCUUACCAAUCCCUUGCCAUCUUCAAGUACCCGCCGUCUCAGCCAUUCAACUCUUGUCGCUGGAUCGGUCGUAUCGGAAAGGGUGUCAUCUUCCUCGAAGACAUCAGUCGGCCUGAAAAGCUCGGCUACCCUUUCAUGUCUGAGAUGACGAAGGCCAUCUAUGAAAGGCAUUUUGAGCUUGGUACUCUUAGGUAUGUCGUCAUCUCACAUGUGGCUAACUCCGUCACCCGAGGCUUCAUCAUAGGUGUUUUGCAACAUUCGAAUAAUCAAAAUCCCCAAGUUUGGGAGGCAGACACUCCCGAAUUCCAGAUCUUGCUUGGGACGCCUCUGGGGAAAGUCAUUGCAUAUUUAAUGUUGAACGCGUUUCCACGUGGAUCUCGACGGAUUGCUCGCAUCGCCCUUUGGUUCGACGAUAAGUCUUGGCCGCACUUGAGAUUCGAUAUUGUGAGAAUUCAAAGGUGA